ACUGCAUGCUUAACUGGACGUUUAGACGCGUCGUCCUCCUGAAAUCCUGUUUUUAUGAGCGAAAACAUUUUAUUCCUGGCGGAGCGGGAGAAGACAGCGUGUGUCGUCAUGGAGACCAAUCUGUGUACGGAAGUAUCGUUCAGCACAGCAACUUCGUGAAACAUUACUGCUUACUGCCAGCUCAACGUCGGCCUCUCUCAGCUGUUUCUGGUUCUUUAAGUCUUGAAGAAAUGUGCGAUGACUGCACCAUGCUUCCCUGGCUCCAUCUUGCAAGUGUCAAAUUUCAGCCGCAUACUGGUGUCUCGUACUUUGCUUACCAACAAAUGAGCAGGGUGGUAGUAAUGACACAGUGAGCAAAGGCUGGGCACAAUUCUCUGAAAGAAAUCACCACACAUGAGGCACUGCCUUAUGGCGUUGUUGGGUUGGCCUGCAGUUUGCAGCUGUUUGGAGGGUCGUUGGGUGAAAUAAAGGACAGAAAGAAGGGGAAGAAAUGACCAUUUGCUUGUACGAGUGUUUGAGAGCAGCUGGGCUCCAGCAUCACUAUGCAAGGUUUACUUUGAUGGGUGUUUGUCGUGCGGUUCACCUUUCAGCUCUGAGCAUGGAAGACUAUCCCCUUCUGGGAGUCUGCUCCAUGCUGGACAGGACUCGGCUUUUCCAUCUGAUCCAGAUGAUCAAAACUCUUGACCUGAAUAGUCUUGCGUGUGAUGAUGGUUAUAACUUUGAUUUUGAUCGAGGUGAUGAGGGCUAUGCUGCUUUGGAUGGCAGUUUCACUCCUGAUGGCUUUGUUAAUCAUGAUGAAGCUGAGAAUGAUAAUCAGACUGAAAAUGGAGCGUCUGUGGUUAGUCCUGAAUCAUUCAUUUUUGCGAGACCAUCAUGCGUCCGUAGACGACUCAGCUUCAGUGAUGAAAAUCUUGAUCGCUGCGAGAGGUUGGUCUCUUGUCCUGUACACACUGUUCAUGUCUAUGGAAAUAGUGAUAUAAAUGAUGAAUUGGUCGAUGGAAAACAAUCAGCCACACUUGUGCAACUUGAGCAUGACAGAAGAAAUGAUUUAUGUGGCUACCAAAGGAGCAACCACUACAAGCAAGGUGUACAAAGUUUUUUGUGUAACCGUUACGAUGGAGAAAACAUUAAGACAGAGCUCACAGGAGACAUUUCUAGGUUAGAUUCUGACACCAGAUUUGCAUCAAAUUGUAAGACAUUCCCAAAACACAAACCCAGUCAUACAAAAGUGACAAGAAAACCUCCUAGCAACAAACCAUGUGGAUAUAAAGACAGAAGAGAACUCUCUAGGAAGAAUAUUUGCUACACAGAUUCGUCUAAGCUGACACCUGUUCAUGAAGUAAAGACAACUGCUGGCUACAACUAUGGACUACCGCUGAGUUCUCCUCAUGCUCCAAAAAACAAAAAAUUGGGAGGGCAGCGGAUCAGUGUGUGUGUGAGGAAACGACCUUUGACAUGUGGAGAGUGUAAAAGAGGAGAGGCAAAUGUUGUGACAACUCCAGGUGGAGAGUGUGUCAUUGUCCAUGAAAGCAAAGAAACUGUGGAUCUCACACAUUACAUCCUGCAGCACAGGUUCUACUUUGACCAGGUUUUCGGGGAGGAGAGCUGUAACGAGGACGUUUAUCAAAGAACAGCAUAUCCUCUUGUGCAGCACAUGCUAAGAGGAGGCAAGGCCACCUGCUUUGCAUAUGGACAAACAGGUGCUGGCAAGACUCACACCAUGCUGGGUUUGUGUCCUGGGAGACCUGGGUUGUAUGCUCUAGCAGCCCGGGACAUUUUUGCUCAGCUUUCCACCACACACUCAUCCCUGGUGGUUUUUGUCAGUUUCUUUGAGAUCUACUGUGGUCAGCUACAUGACCUGUUGAACCACAGGAAAAGGUUAUUUGCCAGGGAGGAUGGACAGAAAGUCGUUCACAUUGCAGAUCUGAAAAAUGUUAGAGUGGACUCAGUCAGCUCGCUGCUGCAGGUGAUUUCAAAGGGAACUGAAGAACGAACUCAAGGGAUAAGUGGCGUGAAUGCCUUUUCCUCUCGUUCCCACGCUUUACUUCAAAUUCAGCUUAGAGAUCCAAACCAGCAGAUAGCUGGAAGAAUGUGGUUUGUGGACCUGGCAGGGAGUGAGAGGGCAUCAGAUACCAAAGACCCAGACAGGCAGAGUCGUAUGGAGGGAGCGGAGAUCAACCAGAGCCUGUUGGCUCUUAAAGAAUGUAUUCGUUCCCUCGACAAAGAGAAUUCUCACACUCCUUUUCGACAAAGCAAACUUACUCAGGUUUUGAAAGACUCAUUUGUUGGUGACUCACUGACCUGCAUGAUUGCCAAUAUUUCACCUGGUCACCCAGCAACUGAACACACGCUUAAUACACUAAGAUAUGCAGAUCGGGUAAAGGAGUUAAAGGGACAAGGAGGACUAGGUGGAAGAAGAGGAUGCAAGAUGGUACCCUCCCCCAAACAGAACCUGUCUAGCAGGGGUGGCAAUGUUGGAACCCCUAAAAGGCAUAAGCCGGCGAAACAAAGCCAGAGUCUUGGUCCCAGUAUGCCUACAACUAAGUUACACACAGAUGGCACAUAUCUCUGCUCAACACCCAAGAACAACAGAUGUGGAGAGGAAACACAGGCAAGGGACAGAAAAGCAGUCGCUUUUGAGCACACCACGCCACUUAGAGGUUGCCUACGAAAGAGGGAUGGAAGGUGUCCAUGUGAAGGGGCAGAUACAAGAGAGGGAGGAAGACUGGAAAAUGAAACGGAUAGAAAUGCCCACAGUAACGAUGUUAGACCGAAGAGUACCAAGCCAGUGCCGGUUUUGGUACAAAAAACUGAUGAGAAGCAAAAAGAGGGAGAACUCAACGAGGGUCAUGUAGCUUUUACUGAAAGGGAAUCUGGAUUUCACAGCACAGAAAAAGAGCACUACCAGAAAACCAGAGCGAAAACAGAAAAAGAAUGGCUAGGAACCGGAAGACAAGUGGAAAACAGUAGGGAUACAAACAGUGAAGUAAACUGGAAAAAACAAAGAGAUUUCAACAGCCCUGAUAAGGAGAAGCAGAGACAUCUGAAAUGGUAUCAUCAGCACCUGCAGCAGUUUGUCCCUUCAACUCCAUCUGUCCAGCUCUGCUCAUCUUCUACAUGUUUCACUUCCACUCAGAGCUCUCUGUCUUCCCCACAGCAAUCCUCCUGUCGCUCAGUCUCUGCUCAUUUGUUUUGUGGCUUGGAAGAGAUUUCAGAUACAUCCACACCCAGAGUCGAUGUCAGGGUCAACUGUGAUGCUCAGAAACCCUCCCCCAGUGGUGAAACACAUGUACAAAAGGAAACCUCCACAAACUCCAGCAACACCAAUGACAGGGACAUUCAUAGCAACUAUCUUGAUGUCAGUGAGGAGUGGAGGUUAUCUGGCGAAGGAACGGGGCCAAGCACAAAUAAAAGUGAGAAGAGGAAGCUUAUUGAGGCAAUGGUAGAAGAAAGAGAAAUGAAGGAAGGGAAGAAACCAGCAGGGAUGGAAGAGAGAGGUGUGAGGUCCGCUUGGGCGGCGACGGCAGAGCACAUGUCUGCAAUUAGAACAAAGGCUACAAUUCCAACACAUAUAGAGACACAAGUGUCUAGUAGGUGUGCAGCAAAGGACAGAAGAGAAGUUGGUGUGGAGGCUCUGAUUGCUUUAAAUAUCCAAGAUGAUGGAGUGUGGAGCACUCAGCAGAGAGGAGCAGUCAACAAUCACAGUUUAGAGUCUUCCCACACCAUCUUAAGCCACCCUUCUCUUAAUUCGCCGCAUCAGCAAGCUCCUGCAGAAAGGCCCCUCUCCCCAGCACAUACCAAUGUACUUCAGACCCCAGAAAAAAAGAGCAAAGCACUCCCUGAAUCACAAUAUACUAGAUGCAACAACAACAUCUGUAUGUUGCAAACACAAAGAACUCCACAAGCAGUGCUGUUGAACAGCCAAGCAGAAAAGGAACCACACUUCGCUGCUUGUGACAGUAAAUCACCUUUUUCACCUGCUUGGUCAACUACGUUAACUCUCACUACUAAAAGACCACCAGAAUGUCCUGUUUACGUUCAUGCACAUAACUGUCCAGACUUAAAGGACAAAGUGCCUGUUCUUCCUAAGGAUGAGCGUAGUGUGGAUUCUUUUAGCUACAUUAUGAACCCGCUCAGCAGCUCCCUGCCUCAAAUGCAAACACAGGCUGCUAUAACCUCAUGUCCUCAAAGGAACAGCAGCAGCACCUCACACUGUCUACCUGCGAGUGAGUGUGGAGAACACAGCAGAAGGGAACUAGGAAAAGGAUGUCUCUCAUGUGUGGAUAAGGUUAGGACAUUUUCAGAGGAUGAGGAUGCAAAAAUUCACCAAUCACCUUUGGAGCGGCCACAAGCAAAAAUUCUCCAGCAAACAUCUGACUCUUUGACAGCUACUGGUCACAGCGAGCAAGAAAAAUACAUCAGAAGCAAUGUCUGUGGAAUAGGUACAUACAACCAUGAUAAUUUAGGAUUAGGGUUUGUGCUCAAGGACCAGGAGAGCGAUCAGGGAAGGCACAUACCAUCAGUUCAUGACAACAGAGCCUCUGCGUCUCCACUUAAACAGUCUACAUCGGCUUCUACGCAGAAUUUUGUCUCGUCACCCUCUGUCCAACACUUUAGCGACACAGGGUCACUCACCAUAUCUAAUCCAAAAAAAUAUGCAUGCUAUGAAGACAAAAAUACUUCAUCUUCCAUCACAACACAACAACCAGAAAGCAUCCCAGGCCACUUAACACAGGUAUAUUUAAACCAUUUCAGGAAACCACAUGUUUCACCUAAAUCAAACAGUGAUUGCCAAAUCAAUAACAAUCAGCAACAUAAACCCAGAAUUCAACUGUACACUCUGGACAACAUGGACCAUGCAAAAUGGUGUAUUGUGGAAGCCCACUUGGAGCAGCUAAAAGAGAUGGAAGCUUUGUGUCAUAAAGAGAGGAUGCUGCUGAGCCAGCAACAUAAUAUGGCAUUUCAGGAAUAUGUCCAUAAACUGGAGGAGUUCAUGAAGCAAAAGGCUAGAUGCGUCCACAUCAUGGGAUCUCUGCUGCAACCACAUCUGAAACCUAUGCAAUCUAACUACACCAAAGCCCAAGAUGAUCCAGUUGUGAAUGAAAAAUGAUUUUUUAUUUUUUUUAAAUGAAUACAUUUUUCGUCGCAGUAACAGUAAUGUAUGUCGUUAUUGUUUUCACUGAUAAUACUCACUACGGUAUUAGUUAGAUACAGUCAUGAUGUCCUUUACAUGAAAGGGACCAAACUUAUCUAUGGGGAUUGGACAAAUAUCCAAUUUUUUUAUACGAAGACAUGUUACACACACAUCAAUGUUUUAAGAGGGAAACUUGUUGAGAAGAAUGUAUUUGGAAGAAGAGAAAAAAAAGUAUAUCCAUUUGUAUGGAUGUUCAUGUCUUGAUUUUUUAAUGAUCACCUGCAAAGCUGUAUUUGUUCUUUUCAUCUGCUCCAUGUUGAUUUGAUACUUCUUUCCUCAAUUUAUUGAGAAUUGAUUCAUACUGUAAUAAGUUAUUUGAAAUAUGACUUGUUGACUUCAUUUGACUAUAUGUUACAUUACCAAAAAAAAAAAAAAUGUUUCAAUUCAAUUCAAAAACUUUAUGAAUUCCCAAAGGCAAAUUCAUUAAUGAUAUGACAUGUUGUGACUGAUGUGUAAAAAUUAAGAUAUUUCCUCUCUUGGGUUCAGAACUAAAUUUCCGCACAUCUUAGGAACAGAGUUAACCAAAUAUGUAGCUUGUACUUUGCUAACUCACUUCAAACUCAAGCUCAGGUUGUCAUAUAUUUGCUUUGCAGGUUGUUUCUUAGUGUUGUGCUUGAAAGAGUGUAAGAUUUUAUUUAUUUAGAGUCAUUGAAAAAACAUUGUUUUUAUUUUUUAUUUAUUUAAAUUGACCUUCCAAAACUGCUAACCUUUUUCAUGAAAAUGCAAUGGAAAGUAUAUGAAAGUUGAUCUAACAUUUGAAGUAAAUGUACUUACAAU